CCAUGACAGUGGACCUUUUAGUAGAUCUGAUCAUUAAUCUAAAGACGAGAAACAUUUUAGUCAUAAAACAAAAUUCAUGAAAGUUUUGUGUCUUUAAUUCGAUUACUUCUGCGGAUUUGUGCAACGUUUGAUAGGAUGAAAGUCAAUCAUGCAUGCAGGCCUUUCAAACACAUACCAUGCAUACUGAGAUAGGUGACGUCCCGAAGUAUAACCAGAAAAGACUCGUCACUGUUGACCGUGAAGAAGCCACUAGUAAAGUAUGUUGACCUGAUACAUUUGAGUUUUCACUGACUACUGCUUUGAUGAACUAUCAAGUUAGGAAAGGAUAUAAUUGUGAUACAAGAUUAUCAAAUUCUAAAUAAUCGACCAUGAGCACUUUAAGGUUGUAUAUUGUAGUGACAUUGCUUCUUUUAACAAUUGCUCUCGGACUUGGAUCUUUCUUUACUCAAGCCUGGAUCAAAUACACCGUGAGAGCCAACGCCUCGGACCCCGAAUACAAGGCCAAUGUAGGUUCGUCCUAUCUGUAUCACACCAGGGAGAGGGGGCUCUUCUGGAACAAGUUGGACCUAACAACCGCAACAGCGCCAGUUAUCCGUGCUAAUGGAGGCAGUCCCUACUUCACCAUUACCUACAAUUUGAAAAAGCAGUGUGAUAAACCAUCUGGAAAUUUCAAGUCUAUUACAGACAUGAUGAAAUCCAAUGCAUGUCUUCACAUCGCCUACCUUAUAUGUCUUCUUCUCGGAUGCUGGAUGGUAACUAUGUCUGCAGCAUUGAAUAACUGUAAACCAACCAUGGUGGUUGCCGUUGUGUUACUUAUACUCGGAGAAUUUGCUGGUAUCGCAAGUCUCGCCCUCUUUCACCUCUACACAGUCGCAGAAGUUUCGGCUGAAAUCCCAGAAUUGGAUGGCUUCAUUAAAAAGUCUUGGACGAAAUUCCUUAUAAACGCCACCUCUACUUCCUACUCGUACUCCUAUGGGAGCCAGGUUGCGUCCCUGAUCGCCACCCUGGUGGUCAUUAUUAUCUGCAUGGUUUUCCUUGCCAAAUGGCCAAAGAAAGAGAAGAAAGAGGAGACGAAUAAACAGCAGGAUCAAAGGUGGCUUGGAAGCGAGCAGGGGACAGUGAUCUUCGGGGGAGCCAUAGACAACAGGCAGGGCGAUGUCAGGCGGAACGAACCGGACCUUGGGCAGCAGCAUAGGAACCGGAGGCAUUCCUGGUCGGGAUAUUGGGAAGAUCCCGGGGACAAGAAUGGUCGCUUCAAGACCUCACCAGCCCCCGGCUUCUCCGGCUCUGUCCCUGCUCUUGACAGGGAUCCAUUGUACCAACGCGGUGCAAACAAGCCCUACAACAAAAAUUUUUAUACAAAUAACCCCUUGUACCCUAUGAGGUAUUAACGACUGCUCAUGAUUGUCUUGCCCUUCCAUCAGAAUGGUGAAGACAGGAUGCCGCCACCUUGACCUUUAAAUGGCUUUUUUGAUACAGGAUUUGCAAUUUUCGUUCACUCUCCCGGUUGUCGCCCUACCUAUGCUUAAGUUCGUGUAGUAAUUUCAAGGCUGUUAACUCACUAAAGGAACGACAAGUAAGUCCUUCAUCAAGAACCAGAGCAAUCUUUGCUCAUGGUAUGCCAAAAUAAACUCCUGCAUUGCUACAAAACGUAGUUGAAGGGAUCGGAAUUUAUCAGCGUCACUGAAGAAGUGACCACUGAAGAAGUGAUAUCACUUCUUCAGGGACGCUGAUAAAUUCCGAUCCGACGUAGAAUGACUUUUAACUUUUAUCUCACUGUGUGUAUAUUUACGUUGUCUUGUUUAACAUUGUAAGUUACAUGUAUGUUCCAAAAUCUAAUAAACGCGCGUAUCCUAA